AGUCGUAAACCGUUAGACAGGAAGCGCGUGAGUUUGUUUUGAUUUCGACUUUGACAGUUCAUUGAGUAGAAGUCUGUAUCUGGUCAGACGGCAACAGAGCCAGUUACUAUAAAAGCAUAAAAAGAUGAAUCCGUCAAAUAUGCAGCAGAUGAGGAAUAGAUCUCCGAGCCCUUUUGGCAGACGACCGCAUAGUCACAGCCAUACAGGAUCCCCUAAAGUAGGCGGAAGGGAAAAGAGCUCUUCAAAUUCAAUGGAUCAUCAUCACCGUCAUGGACACCACCACCACGACAGGUCCAGACCUAGAGUCAAAUCAAUGAAUCUGGGCCAAAGAAAUGAGCUGGAGAGCAUGGCUAACAUAGAGAGUGCAUCAGUGCAUGGCAGCAUCAACCACCAGCAUGACAAUGAAGACAACAGUGACGGUGACAAGGCCGAACCACCUCUCCAGCGGAUUCCAUCACUGUACACACCUGGCAUGGAGGAUCAACUCAGGAGGAAGCUAAAGGUGUUCUUCAUGGAUCCGUGCAGCAAGUUCCGAGCUAAGCGUCAAUGGCCCUGGAAACUAUCCCUGCAAAUACUCAAAAUCAUUCUGGUUACAGUUCAGCUUGUCAUCUUCGGCCAGCAAAGAUCAAGUAUUGUGCAGUAUUUUGAGCGGAAUCAAAUUGCCUUGAAACACAUUUUGAUGAAAGACUGGAACCCUAGCUAUGAGACGUUGCCAUAUCCCCCGGCAACUGGCCAGUAUGCAUUAUACAUGCGCCAGAAUCUACUGGAGCACAUCAACCAUGCCAUGGAUCAGUAUUAUAAAAUUCCAGACGUAGCGAUUGGUUCAUUUCACUUAGAAAAAGAUGGUAAUGGUACGAUCGCACCGAUGCAGUUAUGUCGUACCACAUACACGGAGGGGAAGAUCUUCGAUAACAACACCUUCAUCAUUGAUCCGACCUUGAGAGACUCUUGUGUGGAUCUUGUGUGUCCGAAGCACAUUAAAGACGGCAUAACAUCUUACACCUGUGAUAUUGAAGACAUGCUGAGGGCGAUAAAUGCUUCACUAAAGUUUGACAGACUGAUAUCUCUUGAGCUCCACAUGACAAUGCUAUCGUACCAUCUGGACCUGCUCGCUGCUCACGCUGGUCCUGCUUGCUUCAGCUCGGAUGUCAAGAUACUGUAUGACAACAACCAGCGGGACGGCCAGGUCCUAGUGACCCUCAAUGCUGUCGUAACUGAGUUACAAUGUCACGGCCAGAUCUUGUCAGAAGAGACAUCUUACCGGAGAGGACUGAUCAUCUACGAUGCGAUCAUCAUCAUCCUAUGUAUUCUGUCUCUCUUCCUCUGUUUGCGCUCAAUAUACAGAGCCCAGGUGCUCAAACGGCAAACAGUCAAAUUUUUCAUGAACCGGUUUGGGAAAAAGCUCUCCCUGUCAGAACAGACAGAUUUCUUAAAUAUGUGGUACAUCCUGAUAGUUGUCAACGACUCCCUGACCGUGGUAGGCUCCUCCUUCAAGAUACAGCUGGAAGAUCAGAAGUUUUCCAGUUCCUCCGAGAACUACGACAUUGGCAGCGUGACGCUGGGCAUCGGCUGUCUCAUGGCUUGGAUGGGGGUUCUGCGCUACCUUGGCUUCUUUGAGAAAUACAAUAUACUGAUAAUUACUCUUAAAAAGGCUUUCCCGAAUGUGUUGCGAUUCCUUGUGUGUGCCCUGUCCAUCUAUUUUGGUUUCACGUUCUGUGGAUGGCUUGUGCUGGGACCAUAUCACAUGAAGUUCCGUCAUCUGAGCACUGCAUCGGAGUGUCUGUUCUCCCUUGUGAAUGGUGACGACAUGUUCGUGACGUUCUCUGCAACAGAGACAGAUAGCGACCUCAUCUGGUACUUCAGUCGCACCUACCUCUACUCCUUCAUCAGCCUCUUCAUCUACAUUGUCCUCAGUCUCUUCAUCGCAGUCAUCAUGGACACAUAUGAGACCAUCAAACAUUGUUACGAGCACGGCUUUCCUAAGACCGACUUGAUGAGGUUUAUAGAUGAGUGUACAGAUCCGCCCAACUCUUCGGUGUUUCUUCAGGACCACAGGCCAUGCUGUCUCUUCUCAUGCAUUCCCUGCUGCAACAGGGAAGACCCCGAUAUUCCAUCAGAGAGGACCCCUCUACUCAGCCAGUCCAUCUGAGACCCCUAGGGAGCAGGUACAGCACAACAAUCUCAGUGUGGACUUAUGGACUCGCAGUGCCUCUACAGCCUGUGCUCUGGACACACACUACCACUUCCACACGGAGCAAGACUAUCAUUAUAGAUCAGUGUUAGCAGUCGCAGGUGAUGUGGAUGUCACAGAUGGAGAUGACGUCACAGAUGGCGAUGACAUCACACAUGGAAUGACAGUCAUAGAUUUUAGAGGUCAUAUCAUCCUGUUGCAUCAUCAUCAACACUGAGCUUCUCAUGUUCAUAGUGUCUGAACUUCAGCAACACAGAGAUGCUCAUGCUCAUAGUGUCUGAACUUCAGCAUCACAGAAAUG